UUCACAUCUGGUCGUGUAUUCAUCCCAGCACUGGUCACCUCAGGGGCUGUGGGCCAGGGCCUCGGGCUGCCUCCCAUGGAGGUGACAGUCCUUAGAGAAGGGUGGGUGCAAAGUUCCCAGAGAAGGUGAACUGAUGCAGGGCGGCAAAAACAAUUUGAGUUUGGUUGAUUCAUAAAUAAGACUCUGGACUGUAUAAUUUUCCUUUAUUUUAUUUACAUGUUUGUGAUCCUGUAAAGCUUUACAUUGUAUUAAGGUUUGGAUGGUUCCCUGCCAUAACCUGGUUUGUCUUUGAAUUAAAGCAUAACUGUUGUUUUGGUUUCGCUGUAUACAGGUAGACUUGAGCUAUAACCUGUUUUGAAUAAGAGAAGCUGUUUUGUUCCUGGAUGAAACUCGUGCCAUUUCACCUGUGAAACUAAGCACAUCUUUUGAGUGAGAAAUUUAAAAUUGGAUUUUUCACAAAUCCCCAUGCAUUUAGUAGGAAGUCAUUUUAAUGUUUCUUUUUGCUAAUAAUGUACGAGUAUUCCAAGCUGUAUCAUAAUACUUACUGGGCUGUGAUAGUGGGAAAGAGUCAGAAGAGCUGGUUUGUCUGCCUUCAGGGCGGGAAGGAGCGGGGGAGCUCACCUUUGAAGGUCUGAAGUCUCUGCACGCAGGGCCUGAGAGGUGGGUGAGCCUGCCGGUGUCUGCUGCUGUUCGCACCCAGCUGUGGGGUAGGUGAUGCUACCCCAGUUGUUUGGAUGAGGUCUCUCAGGCAAUAUCAGCUUCCCUAAGGAAGACCCAGAGGCUCCAGGUUUUGUAAGGCGGCGGGACCACAGGGUCCUGACAGCCCCCGAGACUCAUCUCCUCCCGUUUGUCGGUGGUGGGGUGGGGUGACUCCCCCUCCCUUCCCGCACUCAGCACGGCAGCCACCCUUCCUUUCAUACCUUGUGGCACAGCGGCUCAUGAUCGGCGCAUGUUAAUAGACCUGCCUUUUGUUUGUUUUUAAAUCUGUUUGCCAGGCACACAGCCUGCGAUUUUACAAAUGGAGAAAAAUUGUUCUUGAGACUGAGGAACUUCCAGUGGGGGUGAAGUGGGGUGAAGAAGGUGAAGAUGUGAUUUUAAUACGUUGUAAAUGCUGUGACAGUCGGAGGCAGUGUGUUUUAUGUAAAACAUCCUUCUGAUGGUGCCUUAAAUUUUGUUAUUUUUUUCCAUGGAUCUACCUGUUUAUCCCUAUACUUUUAAACAACAGUCUGUACACUUUCAUUUCUUAUCCUAAUUCGGAGGUCAUGAUUCUUAUAUUUUGAUAAUUUCCCCUAAAUGAAUCACUGUCCUUUUUUCUUUUCCUCUCUAUUGUGUAUAUUUACCAGAUCGUUCUGUAGCUUAAAACCUUCACUUACUUACUUCUUUAUUUGGAGGAACUUUGUGAAGUUUAUAAACGUGGAAACUUAUCCUUUCAUGCCCUCUUACGGAGAGGUUGGUUCCAAAUCAACUUUGAAGUGUUUUGUCAUUGAUGGAGCGACUUGUUAGUUUAGUGUAACAGCUUUGGUUUUGUCCUGACAUACUUUUCCAGAGGUGUUGAUACUAAUGGUAGAAACACAUAGAAGGUGUUAGACACGGAGGGUUCCAGUGGAAAACAUGAAGUGCUAACUAUUGAAAUGAUACCUCUUCACCAUGACAUAAAAAAUGCACCUUAAAAAAUGCAUUGUAGUGAUACCCGUGUUGCAUAUCAAUGAAAACGAAAGCCGUGUUCCCAGUGCAGGUUUUUAUCAGGCAUGAUGGUGCCGCCUCCCAGGACCAUGAAUUUGUGGAAGCAGCAGAUGGGACUAGUUGUGAUGAGUUUCUGAGCUAAUGCAACAGAUCAUCCCUUUUUAUCUGAUUCCUCUCCUUUCUAGCUAGGCCUUUGAAGUGCUAAGUGUCUGAAAAUAAUUUGCAUAGAAUUACCUGAGCUCAUCUGUUAACUAACCAGCAGAUGUGAAAGCAAAAAACUGCCACAUAGUCGUUUUUAGAGUAAAGCUCCAGCCUCUCCCUAACUUUGGCGUCUUUCUGCCCGGCCUCACCGUCUUCCUAACUCCUUCCCGGCUUUCUUUGUUUCCGCCAAGUUGGGAUGGGCUGUGGGGUUUAGUCUUCUCAGCUCUGAGGACUGUCAUCUUUGUUCCACUCAGCACCCCAGGCAAGGUCGCACUUUGAAGCUUUUAUGGGACUCAGUCCUAUCUCUGUGAUCUCAUUGAACUGUCUUUAUCUUAAGUUCAACUGUCUUUAUCUUAAGUUCUGAAAUCUCUUCAUUCUUCUCAUUCCCUCGAUUCUUGUAAUUUGGGCUCUUUACCUAAUUUGGGGUCUACCUUUGUUUGCAGGGUCGGCUGGCGGCCCCUCGCCGCCCUUACAGCCCCGAACCCAGCUGGCUCCUGCUCUUACCUGAGCCCCUUCCGUUCUCUCUUUGCCUUUUGAAACCCGGCUCAACUUUUAAGGUUGAGUGGUCACUUUGCUGCCAUCCUUCUGCAGCUCCUUGCUUGUGUCCCCCACCCUCAGCCCCAGUACUUUUGCAUAUUUGUCUCAUAUUGUAAAGUCCGUUCCUUUAGGCCUUCUUAGGUCAGUUAUAAGCGUCGCAAGGGCAAGUUCUGCGUUUCAUUCAUCUUUGUAUAUUCAUUGCCUGAUUCUUACUAGUCAUUAAUUACGUGCUUUCUUUGCCCCUCUCUCAGCUUGAAUAAUCCACCAUUUGUGUUCUCUUUCGUGGUUUGGUGGUGGAAUAUUCGUACAGAAAGUUACCACUGACCUCUGGGUUCCUUUUCUUUCUCUAAUUCCUCUCCUUAGGCAAUUUUCUCUAUGCCCGAGGGCUCUAUGUAAGCAGGUACAUGAAACCCUACUCAGUUAUUCAGGCCAGAAAGCCAUCUUCCCCAUAUUGAAAUCCUUGCCAUGUUUGCUCUCAAGUGACUCUUGAAAUCAUUUCCUUUCUCUCAUCACUGGUGUCGUUGAAGAAGCUGCGUCGUCUCUUGUCUAGGGACAGUCCCGCCUUCCAGUCUCACCUGGCCUCACCUUUGCCUUUUACUCUCUUCCAGCCCCUCCUGCCGCUGCACUGCAGUCAGCUGGGCUUUCCAGAGUAUAAAUCUUCCCCCUGCCCCUUUACUUACAAUACUCUAUGACUUUCCAUUGCACUUAGAUAAAUUAAAGCACAAAUCCCUAAUGUGGCACCUUUGCACCAUCCGAUAGAGGAAUGUCCUUCUAAUCUUUUGAAGAUACAAGUACAGUUUUAACACUUUGAUGAACAAAUGUUCUGGAAGAGGACACUCGUUUAGACUCUGUGGUGUGAACUGGACAUCCGGUGGACUGCAGGCUGAGCCCACGUUGCACAUAACCGGCUUCCAGAGCCUCUGCAACCACAGAUGGGGCGGAAGGGGUUCCUGCCUUCCUUCUCCUCUGGCUAGCAGAGGAGCCCCUAUGGGAGGAAAGGUGGCCUGAGGCAGAGACACAGACUUUCAUCACAGUGUUGAAGAAUAAUCAUGGGCCAGACUGGGAAGAAAUCUGAGAAGGGACCAGUGUGUUGGCGGAAGCGUGUAAAGUCAGAGUACAUGCGCCUGCGGCAGCUCAAGAGGUUCAGGCGAGCUGACGAAGUCAAGAGUAUGUUUAGUUCCAAUCGUCAGAAAAUUUUGGAAAGAACAGAAAUCUUAAACCAAGAAUGGAAACAGCGAAGGAUCCAGCCUGUGCACAUCCUGACUUCUGUGAGCUCAUUGCGCGGGACCAGGGAGUGUUCGGUGACCAGUGACUUGGAUUUUCCAACACAAGUCAUCCCGUUAAAGACUCUGAAUGCAGUUGCUUCAGUACCCAUAAUGUAUUCUUGGUCUCCUCUACAGCAGAAUUUCAUGGUGGAAGAUGAAACUGUUUUACAUAACAUUCCUUACAUGGGGGAUGAAGUUUUAGACCAGGACGGGACUUUCAUUGAAGAACUAAUAAAAAAUUAUGAUGGAAAAGUACACGGGGAUAGAGAAUGUGGGUUUAUAAAUGAUGAAAUUUUUGUGGAGUUGGUGAAUGCUCUUGGUCAAUACAAUGACGACGAUGAUGAUGAUGAUGGAGAUGAUCCUGAUGAAAGAGAAGAAAAACAGAAAGAUCUAGAGGAGAACCGAGAAGAUAAAGAAAGUCGCCCACCUCGGAAAUUUCCUUCUGAUAAAAUUUUUGAAGCUAUUUCCUCAAUGUUUCCAGAUAAGGGCACAGCAGAAGAGCUAAAGGAAAAGUACAAAGAACUCACUGAGCAGCAGCUCCCAGGUGCACUUCCCCCUGAGUGUACCCCCAACAUAGAUGGACCAAACGCCAAGUCUGUUCAGAGGGAGCAGAGCUUGCACUCAUUUCAUACGCUUUUCUGUAGGCGAUGUUUUAAAUAUGACUGCUUCCUACAUCGUAAGUGCAGUUAUUCUUUUCAUGCGACACCCAACACUUACAAGCGGAAGAACACAGAGACGGCUCUGGACAACAAGCCUUGCGGCCCCCAGUGUUACCAGCACUUGGAGGGCGCGAAGGAGUUUGCUGCCGCCCUCACUGCCGAGCGGAUAAAGACGCCCCCGAAGCGCCCAGGCGGCCGCAGGAGAGGGCGGCUCCCCAACAACAGCAGCAGGCCCGGCACCCCCACCACCAACGUGCUCGAGUCGAAGGACACGGACAGUGACAGGGAGGCGGGGACCGAGACCGGAGGGGAGGGCAACGACAAGGAAGAGGAGGAGAAGAAGGACGAGACCUCCAGUUCCUCAGAAGCGAAUUCUCGGUGUCAAACACCAAUAAAGAUGAAGCCCAACGCCGAGCCCCCCGAGAACGUGGAGUGGAGUGGUGCUGAGGCCUCCAUGUUCAGGGUCCUCAUCGGCACGUACUACGACAAUUUCUGUGCCAUCGCCAGGUUGAUUGGGACCAAAACAUGUCGACAGGUGUAUGAGUUUCGAGUCAAAGAAUCCAGUGUCAUAGCGCCAGCCCCCGCCGAGGACGUUGACACCCCUCCCAGGAAGAAGAAGAGGAAACACCGGUUGUGGGCUGCGCACUGCAGAAAGAUACAGCUGAAGAAGGAUGGCUCCUCCAACCAUGUUUACAACUACCAGCCCUGUGACCACCCACGGCAGCCUUGUGACAGCUCGUGCCCUUGUGUGAUAGCCCAGAAUUUUUGUGAAAAGUUUUGUCAAUGUAGUUCAGAGUGUCAGAACCGCUUUCCGGGAUGCCGCUGCAAAGCCCAGUGCAACACCAAGCAGUGCCCGUGCUACCUGGCUGUCCGAGAGUGUGACCCCGACCUCUGUCUUACUUGUGGAGCCGCUGACCACUGGGACAGUAAAAACGUGUCCUGCAAGAACUGUAGCAUUCAGCGGGGCUCUAAGAAGCAUUUAUUGCUAGCACCAUCUGAUGUGGCAGGCUGGGGGAUUUUCAUCAAAGAUCCUGUACAGAAGAACGAAUUCAUCUCGGAAUACUGCGGAGAGAUUAUUUCUCAAGAUGAAGCAGACAGAAGAGGGAAAGUAUAUGAUAAAUACAUGUGCAGCUUUCUCUUCAACUUGAACAAUGAUUUUGUGGUGGAUGCAACCCGCAAGGGUAACAAAAUUCGUUUUGCAAAUCACUCAGUAAAUCCAAACUGCUAUGCAAAAGUGAUGAUGGUUAACGGCGAUCACAGGAUAGGGAUUUUUGCUAAGAGAGCCAUCCAGACUGGUGAAGAGCUGUUUUUUGAUUACAGAUACAGCCAGGCUGACGCCCUCAAGUACGUGGGCAUCGAAAGAGAAAUGGAAAUCCCUUGACGUCUGCUACCUCCCCCCUUCUCCUCUUGGAACAGCUGCCUUAGCUUCAGGAACCUCGAGUACUGUGGGCGAUUUAGAAAAAGAAAAUGCAGUUUGAAAUUCUGAAUUUGCUAAAAGUACUGUAAGAAUAAUUUAUAGUAAUGAGUUUAAAAAUCAACUUUUUAUUGCCUUCUCACCAGCUGCAAAGUGUUUUGUACCAGUGAAUUUUUGCAAUAAUGCAGUGUGGUACAUUUUUCAACUUUGAAUAAAGAAUACUUGAACUUC